UUGGCGAGCAGACGUUUGCAGAGAGAGGACCAUGAGAGCAGCAGCCAUCUCCACGCCAAGGCUGGACAAAAUGCCAGGAAUGUUCUUCUCCGCAAACCCAAAGGACUUGAAAGAAACUGGUCAUUCACUUCUGGAUGACAAAACGCAAAAAAGGAGGCCAAAGACAUUUGGAAUGGACGUGAAAGCAUACCUGAGAUCUAUGAUCCCACAUCUGGAAUCUGGAAUGAAGUCUUCCAAGUCGAAAGACAUACUUUCUGCUGAUGAAGUAAUGCAGUGGUCUCAAUCUCUAGAAAAACUUCUUGCCAACCAAACUGGUCAGAAUGUGUUUGGAAAUUUCCUUAAGUCUGAGUUCAGUGAGGAGAAUAUUGAGUUCUGGCUGGCUUGUGAAGACUAUAAGAAAACAGAAUCUGAUCUUUUGCACUGCAAGGCAGAGAAAAUAUAUAAAGCAUUUGUACAUUCAGAUGCAGCUAAACAAAUCAAUAUUGACUUUCGCACUCGAGAAUCUACAGCCAAGAAGAUUAAAGCACCCACCCACACAUGUUUUGAUGAAGCCCAAAAAAUCAUAUAUACCCUUAUGGAAAAGGACUCUUAUCCCAGGUUCCUGAAAUCAAAUAUUUACUUAAAUCUUCUGAAUGACCUUCAGGCUAACAGCCUAAAGUGACUGAUUCCUGACUGAAGAGAAUUAAAAGAUGGCAUCAAGGAAGGAAGGAACAUGCCAGUGUGGUUGCCUGGGUGGACAACUUGGCUUGUUUUGGGUGACUUGACAGGCCCAGGGGAGGAACAAGUGACACAGAAUGGAUUACCAAGGAAGUUAUCCAGAUUCAGGGUUGAAAAAAACAUAAGAUGAAAAUUGAGAGACUCUAGAAGAAAAGCGUUACCGUGGUCCUGUCAAAAAUACAGACGACCUUCGCAUUAGAAAAUCCCUCAAACUGAAUAGGUCAGGUGGCUCUGGUGACACAAACUGUGAAUAAAAUUUAUGGGACUGAUUACAACAUGCUGUAAGCUUCAAGGUCAACUGACAUGCUAUGUAUACUUACAUAUAGAUUCUAUAGAGCUGCUGAAAUCUCCCUAACUUGGCGACUCUUCCAGAUAUCACUGUUGUUAUUUCUGAGAAAGGUUAUUUUAUGUUGUUUUGUUUGAGUAUAUUUGACUUGGAAGUGAUGAAGAGAACAUUGUAUUUAACUUAAGCUAUUGCUCUUAAAACUAAGAAGCCAGAAUAUAUUUGUAAAUUAAGUUAUCAUAGUGUCAAUAAUAAAUUUACGUUUUGUAUUAAAAGUA